AUGCUACUGCUCGUGCUCGUGUCUCCCGUCGCGGUCUCGGCGAUCACGUGCACGUCGAGUGAGUGAGCGGAUACGCGCGGAUCGGCCCACAAAGUUGAAUGGUGUUUCAGAGGAUGAGCCGAUUCUCGUCAGCGGCGCCAUCAACAAGGCGUUCUCGAUGAAAAUUACGGAAAAGGUCAAGGAUUGUAAUGGAUUUUGUAUCAGGUGGGAGCCAGAGUUGAUCUACUUUUCAUUGCUCUGACCUCCAGCAAACUGGUCAAUCUGGAUGCGACGUUGUCGAACGGAAAGCAGGCGCACAUCCGAAACGUGCACUUCUCGUGCGUGCCGAACGUUCCGAAGGCGGCGGCGAUGUGCAAGGUUUGUGGAGGUUCGGGAAUAAUUGAACAAUUUGUGGGGGGCACUUUAGAAAAUGUGCACGACGAGCAUCUACAAGAACGACAAGACGAGCAAGUCGAUCGAUCGGAGUGUGGGAUCGCUGAAACGAGUGCUAGUGCCGCAGAUUGGGGUACGUACAUUGAAAAGGACGCACAAAGUUCGACAAUAGUUGUUAGUUUUAGACGUUGUUCGGGCCUAGCAAUGCCACCGUAAUCUUAGCUUUGAAAGUCUUUAUCUCGAGAACCAGUAGUUAUUUCAAAAAAUUGUCAACGGAAGAGUUGUUGCAAAUUUAGUGCUGAACAACUUUGUAAUUAAUUAUUUCGUCUGAAAAUGCUUAGUUUUUCAGUUAUAAACCAUUUUUCAACCAGUAGUCACAAUGACAAUUUGUCUACCGUACCCUAACUUUAAACGAGCAUAUCUCAAGAGUCAGUAGUUAUUUCAAAAAGUUGUCAACAGAAGAGUUGUUGCAAAUUUUAAGCUCAACAACUUUGUAAUUGAUUAUUAGAUUCCAAAUAACAUUCUUCUCGCGUUAUGAGCCGUUUUCUAAAGAGUAACAAAUAGUGUAGUGUAACUUUUGAUGCUCUAACCGAAAAUCGGCAAUUUUCAGGACUUUUCCUAUGAGAAAGCCGAGGAGAAGACGUGUUGCUGCAAAGAGGACAAGUGCGCGCGGCGGCUCGACGCCACAAUGCGUCUGAAUCUCCGCUCCAACUUCAAAAUCCACUAA